GUUCCUCUUUCUGAUGUCCCUAUGCUGAAGACCAAGCACUUUGACGGCGAUGCAGACUCUCAUUCUCACCCGAUCCAGUCCUAUCUGCCUCUGCCCACAUUUAUCCCAGCCUCCCAACAGCGUCCUGUUCUUCGCUUUCAGGCAAAUGUAUUUCAUAGCAGGAUCAUUGUGGCCAUGUCCUUCUGGCACAGCGUCUUUGAUGGUACCGGGGCCGGUGUGAUCCUGGAAGCAGUCGCCGAGUGCUGCAAGUCAACCAACGAAGAAAUCACAACCAGCCUCGCGCAGACUAUCGCGAAGACCCAUGAUGAUCUCCGGAAGGAAGUCGCAAAAUUUCCAUCUAAAUGUGUGAAGCGCCUCGACCACAGCAUUGAGUUGGGAACGCCUGUUUUUGAUCCCAACAUUUCCACUGAGCAAUGGAAUGCAAUGGAAUCUGCCUUGUCCUCUAUGGUCGAGACAAAGCGAUACACCUUCAGCUCCGAGAAAGUAGCCAAGGUGAAGGACAUUUGUACUCAACUCAUGCCUCAGUUGCAGUCCUCAAAGUGGAUCUCUAGCAACGAUGUUAUUACUGCAACACUGGCCAUCUGUGUCGACCGAGCCCUUCACCCGGAGCGAGCAGACAGAACCCAAAGCGCCGAUUUCCUGAUGGCCGUUGAUUUGCGAAGCCGAGUUGAUCCUCCGCUACCAGAGACCUACCUGGGGAACGCGAUCUUCCCUGUUCAUGAUGAUAUCUAUUCUGAAGAGAUGGCAGGCCAGACAGGAAAUGAUGCAGAUACCCUACAUCUAGCUCAGUUGGCACUGCGUAUCCGCAUGAAGCUUACAACCAUGGACAAGACUCUCAUGUAUAGCGCAUCAGCCGCCGUCGCCGACUAUGAAGAUUGGACCAAGGUUGAAGCAGGACCCGCGGGGAUCAUUGUAACCAGCUGGAGAGGUCUCAAGGUCUUUUCGCUAGAUUUUGGCGCUGGACUGGGCCACAUUGUAGACUUCGAGCCCGGGCUCACGCUUGUCCCUGGUGGGUGUAUCUUUCUGCCGUCACGGACGUCCUUGGAGAAAAGUGGGUCGUCUUCAAUGUGGGAAGUAUGCAUCACCCUGAAAGCUGGGGAUUCCCAAUUGCUUGAGAAGGAUCCACUGUUCAACCGGAUCUUGGCAUGAUAAUGGCUGGUGAAAUGUAGUAUAUGGCUAUCUGGACUGUACUACGUGACGGUGUUGACGGAAGUUCUCUUUGACUCUACUAGCAUUGUUCGCAUUGUCGCUAAGUUGAGGUUGCCAGGUACAAGGCACAUUAGACAGUGUUAGCA